AUUGUGAAAAAGCAUGUCCCCGGGGCCGCCGCGAUGAGAUCAUCGUCGUAUUUUCUCUUCAUGGUUUUGUGAUUUCGAUGCGUGGUGCGAAUCGAUCUAAAAUAAAUGUACGGAUCGACGAGCUAGUUCUCGGGCGUUGCGAUUUUACUGCUUGGCUUUUGUCGAUUUCCGUGCAGCGAAGCAACGAUUGCUGGAUCAAAAAAGAACGCGCGCACAUAUCUGACCGCAAAGGAUUUCUUUGCGCGCCCAGUGAUCUUCUCGAAGAGGCGGCGCUGGCGUUUACGCGUGGCAGCUCCACGAGCUUCUAUUGA